GUUCAAGCAGCCAUGACUCAAGGGCAACACAGCCAAGUUGGUAGACCCCAGGGCAGACCCUAGACUGGAAUUGGCGCGCUCGGGAAUCAGACUGGCCCAAAUCACAUUACCCGUGCGAGGACUCGUGAGCGCGUGCAGGCUACAGCGUGGUGCAGCGGAGAUGAGCAGUCGCCUGUCGUAGCUGACAACAGGUUUCAGAGCACGCGCGUUUCGCAACUAUGGGGUCGCACCCAGACCUUGGCGCCUCGCCUACGGCGGGUACGGAAUGCGUUGGAGGCAGUGCAGGUGCAGCAGCCGCGCCUGAUGGUGCAGCCGGUGACCGCAUGGCUGCGCUGCCUGAUGGGGGCCGUGGCGGCGCUGCCGCUGCUGUCAGGGACGUUGCAGGCGACCAAGACGGCGGUGGUGUUGCCAACGUUGCUGCUGAUAACGAUGAGGAAGACGAGGACGAGGAGGAGGAUGCCUUUCUCUAUGAUGAUGACGACGGCGGCCUGGAUGUGGACGCCAUUUUGGAAAAGGAAAAGCUGCAGGUGGUGAUGCAGCCUGCGGCGACCGCUGCGGCGACGGCUACGGGCGCGGCACUCUCCUCAGCCGCCAUCCGUGCAGCCACCACCUCAGCCUCACAUCCCGGUGGCGCUUUUACGGGCGCUGCCCGGGCGCAUGGCGGCGGCGACGGCUGUGCAGAAGCCGGCAACGAUGCAAGCAGGGGCGGCGGCGGCGGGGGGCCUGGCGGCGGCGCGAGUUGCCUUCCAUCCGCCUCGGCGGCGGGCGGUCACCAACAUGCUGCGACAACGUCGCAACAGCACCACCACCAGCAACAACCGCAGCAACUGCCGCUACAGCAGCAGCGGCAGCAUCACCCGCACCAGGCUGCGGCGCAGGACGGUGCGCCGGGCAGGGCGCCGCCCGCCGCGCCCUCUCCGCCGAUCCUGGAGGAGCAAGCCUCAGCGGCGUGGAACUGCGGGGACACUCGGGCAGCCGUCAGGCACGCCUUUGCGCAGGCGGCGGCGUCAACCUGCACGUCGGAAAGCAUGGUGACAAACACAGGCGGCGCCGGUGCCAGCGGUGCGGCGGGCGCGGUAGGCCAGGCGGAGGCUGGCGCUGCCGGUGCUGCUGCCGCAGAAGUUGGGUCGCGUACGGCGCGGGAAGCGCAUGCUCCGGAACCGGCAGCCGGAGCGGGCACGCCGUCGGCGGCAGCGGCAACGACGGCGGCGUCUUCGGGUGGGGAGCACUACGACACGCUGGACGAGCGGCAACAGCGGCUGCAUGGCUCGCGCAGGGGCAGAUCCAAGCGAACUGCACGUAAAGAGAAGAUCUCUGUGCCCGUGCUGCACCGUUCAAGUUCGCUUACGUCAUUGCCACCAGCCGCGACAGCACCAGCAGCACUUGGCGCGGGUACCGCUGCUAACGGCGGCAGCGCAGCGGGGCUGCGGCUGCCGCCGCUUCAGUCGGCUGCGGCGCACGGGUCAGUGAGCGAGGGCAGCAAGCGCCGGCGCCCCAACGACCCUGCGACUGCCGCCAGCGGCGGCGCUGGUGCUGCUUCUGCGGUGGCGCCUACUGCAGGGCGCGGCGAGCAGCGGCGCGGCCUGGACAGGGAUCCGGAUGCAGCCGCUGCCGCGAUGGAGGCAGGCGAUGAAGCCGACGAUGAGGUGGUGGGAAUUAGCGGCGCCGCCGCGGCCGCCACACGGAAUCGGCCCGAACCCCUGGCCAUUAAUGCCGCAGCCGCGGGCAAACCGCCCAAGGCGCCGAUGACAGGUGCCGGAGCCGGUGACGCUUGCGACGUCAGUGGGCCGGCGGGGCGCGCGGGUGCCAAUGGCACUGGCGGCGCCGCGGAGAAGCAUGGAAUAGUCGCAGCCGCUGCCGCGGGGGCUGGCGGACACGCGCUGCCGGAGGCUCCGGCGCUGUGGGAAUUUCUUGAAGCGUACAUGGCCUCGUCGCGGCCGGCGCUGGGGCCGCUGCCGAGGCAGCUGGAGGAGGGCCGCGCGGGCGGUGGCGGGCCAGGCGGGGCGGCAGACGGCGCUGCGGGCCAGGGGUGGAAGAACGAGGCGGGCAGGGAGGGCGAUGCGGGCGCGGAGGAGGAGGAGGAGGAGCCGCUUGAGGACCUGGUGUGCAGGGGGGCAGUGGCGGGAGACGAGGAGCGCGCCGCGGGGGCGGGCGGCGGAGGCGGACUCCAAGGUGGAGGGCUCUGGUCGAACCUACACGCGCUGCCGCCUCCCGAGGAGGACUGGGGCGACGUCACGCCGGCCGCGCAGCAGCGCGUGAAGGAGCUCCACAGGAUCCUCGAGCACGGCAUGAAGGUGGACGGGCUGUACCUGGUGCGGUGGAAGACCAGGAGCCAGCUUGGUCAAGAGGCGGCAGCCGGCAAGCCGGGCGCGCCGGCGGCCGGGCCCGCCGCUGCCGAGGAUCAGGAGGCUGAGCCGCAGGUGCCUGGCGAUGUGGCUGUGCUGCCGACCAUUAUGGGCAACGCUUGGCUGGUGAAGCACGUGACUGGCAGACUUGCGCAGGCAGUUCUGUCGCAGCAGGACCCCGGCCUCGUCAAGGUGGCCCACGUGGAUGACCCCUGCCACCCCGUGUACAACAACCCCUUCAUUCGCCGCCGCAUGCGGCACAAGCAACGCAUGCUGUUGUACACACGACGGCUGCCUGCCAACACGUUCAUAGCCGCGUACUUUGGAGACAUCAAGACCGUGAAAGAGAACGAUGAGUAUGUGCUUGCUGAUGAGACGCACGAGCGGCGGCUCCGAGAUGCCUACACUCACAACUUCUUAUUCACGGAGCAUUAUGUGGAGGAUGCGAAGAAGCUACUGGUGGUGGGCGACACGCGGCGCUGUAUCAUGACCUGCGCCAACGAGGUGAAGUUCUGGGGUUACUGCAAGGACCUGUGGCGGGACGACCCCGGGCUGGACACCCAGCCGCAGCAGCUCCAGGGCAAGGGCGCGGCGGCAGGGCCGGUGGGGCAGGCAGCGGGCCGCAACUGCACAUGCAAGCAGUAUGACGAUCGCGCCAUGAACGCGACCUCUGUGCAGGGCUUCAUCCGGCGCACGGACGCCGAUGGCAAACCUUCGCUGCACCCGGUAAUGCUGUACGUCACCAGCCGUGCUGUCAAGGCCGAGGAAGAGGUGCUGCUGUAUUGGGACAAGAAAGGAGAGUUCUUCCGGGCCAUCACGGAGGCUGCUAGCGGGUACCAGUUCCACCUGGGCGUGCUGCGCCUGGCGGCCUACGCGGAGCGGGGCUGGGCGCGGGAGGCCCGCCUGCGGCGCGAGCUGGAACAGGAGGUGCAGCGCCUCACAGCGCACAUCGACUUCCUGGACCAGGCCGGCCGCAAGGCGCAGAGGUCGGCGGCUGGUGAUGGGGUGAAGGCGGAGGCGUCCAGUGGCGCUGUGGGGCCGGUGGCGGGGGCAGCGGCGGCUGGCGCGGGCAUGGCAGCCACACGCCUCGCCGCCUCGCCGUCGCGCUCUGCCGGCUGCGGCGGCAAUACCGCGAUUUCGGCGGCGGCGGCGGCGGCGGCUCAGCUGCCCGGCUGUGUGCCGGAGCUACAGGAGGAGGUGCUCCGGUUACGGCAGGAGCUGGCGGCGUGCAAGGCCGUGCAGCACUCCGAGAGCGGCGCGCGCCUGAAGCUGGGCGGGUUGCAGGCAGAGUUGGUGGCGCUGCAGAUGGACAACCAGCGGAAGCAGCACCAGAUCGAGUACCUGGAGCGCCAGCUCGUUCAGGCGCGCUCCGACCUCAACUUGCUCCGAGUGGAGGUGGCGGGCGCGCGCGGCAAGCCCACAACAAGCCAACAGCAGAUAUCGGCAUCGCCGCCGCCGCAGGCGCAGCAGCCACAACAGCCGCCGUCGCUACUGGCGCAAAAGCAACCGCGGCAGGGGCAGGCAGGUCCGCCAGAGCGGCAGGCGCAGCAGGCCGCGGGUGGAGCGGACCGGGCGGCCGGCGCGGGCGGCCGUGGCGGCGGCGGCCGUGGCGGCGGGCGGGGCCGCAAGCCGGCAGCCAGCCAGCCGCUUCUCCUGAAGAGGACGAGCAGCAACGGCGCCGCAGGCGGUGGCCGGCAGACCAAGACGGCGCGCGCAGCGGCCACGUGGACACGGCGGGGCACCGAGCUGCCUGGGGGCGGUGGCGAUGGCGGCAGCGAUGGCGGCAGAGGCGUUGUGGGUGGAAGUGACGUGGCAGCAGCAGCCGGCACAGGGGCAGGCGGUGGCAGCGGUGGCGGCCGUGAGGACGGCGGCGCUACCGCCGGCGUGUUGAGUCCCUUCCAGCGUGACCGGGCGCCCCGCGAGGAGCCUAACGGUGCCGGCGAGCAUGCCGCUGACACCGCUGCCGCUGACGCGGCCGGCGGCGGAGACUUCGUGUACGACGACCACGACCAGUAUGGAGGAGAAUACGACGGCGGUUACGAUGACGGUUACGAUGGCCGAUACGACGCGCACGGCGCCGCAUUUGUAGCCGGACUCGCUGCGGAGCCCGAGGCCGACAUUGAUGAGUACGGCACGUACCCGCGCCAUAACUCGUACGAAGAGCAGGGGCAGUACGGCAAUGGACACGGGCACGGGGAGGCUGGCAGCGGCGGCGGCGGUGGUGGCGUGGCGGCGGCGGCGGCGGGGCCCGGGGGGGAGGUGACGGGGGAGGAGGCCGAGGGGUUGAGCGGUGGGGUGGCGGGGCAGCGCAAGCGGGCCAGGUCGAGCGGCGCUAGCUACAUUGACCUGUGCAGUGAGGACUAGGCCGGUCCAUACAUGCGUCACAGGGCCACUGAAACAUGCCGGGUCGGCGUGGCUCAGGAGUGGCGGGGCCACUGUGUGCUGUACAUCAUUCAAGAUUCGCAUGCAAAAUCUCCGGCUUGUACAGAUGUCGUUUGGGGGACGAAGAAAGCGUCGCAAGACAUCGUAGGACGCCUUCACAUUCGCAUGCUCGCAUUGCUUUUGAAGGAGACAUGCUGACGCAUGUCGCGCCACGGGCCAACUCUCGUCGGGGGGCAACCCCCGCGCCACUGCCAGCGCCUCGCCCAGCAAGCCCCGCACACCCGAGGCCGAGCCCGCUAGCGUUGCUGAUAUUGACACGAGGGUCUUGAAGUUUUGCCUCCCCGAGAGCUCAGCGGGUCGCCGCGUGGGGUUCGCGCGCAAGUCGUUCGCCAAGCCAUCGGGUACCUCUUGAAUUAGGAACAGGAGUGCUGCAAUGAUGUCAUCCUGAGUCAAGUGCGCAAGGCUGCGAGCCCUCUCUGUGCUUUGCUGCUCCGGGAGAAGCUCGAGCUCGUGAUGGAACAUGGCAAGGGGCAGGAAAGCGUAGUCCCGAUGUGUGUGGCUCCCACCCGUGCCCACAUAAAUGCGUAGCAAGAAGGGACAAGGCAUUGGUGCGUCGUUCGCGCGCUGUUACUGUACCGACGGUAGCUGGCAGGUUGUGUCGAUGUUUUGCUGACGCGCAUUCCUCACGCUCCGGGCGCCCGGCCAAGGCGAUAGCACCACAC